AUGAUAAGUGGAUCUUCAAGUGCGGUUCCUAUCUUGACUUCAAACUUGCCCAUCAUGGCCGAGCACCAUGCCAACGACAUCGUCAAGGUUCAGUCCAAGACCUUCGAUACCGAAGCCCAGGAUUCCGACAAUGACAGCACAACAUAUGUAAUUAACGCUCUGGUCAAUGAGGAUCGUGAACAUGAAAUCAAACUUCGUACCAUGACCUGGCAACGGGCUGCCUGGCUACUGGCUGGUGAUCAAGUGUGCCUUGCCAUCAUGGCGCAGUCUUGGUCGCUCUCUGUCCUUGGAUGGGUUCCUGGCAUCAUCACCAUGGUCGUAGCUGGUGUGCUCUUCUACAUCACCUCGAUGACAAUGCACAAAUUCAUCAUGAAACACCCGCAAAUCAAGGAUAUCUGCGACUUUGGGUACUACGCUUUCGGCAAGAGCAAAAUCGCCUACGAAUUCACAGCAGUCAUGUUGCUCUUGAACAACAUCAUGCUGAUCGGAUUCCAUAUCCUGACUGGAGCUAAAGUAUUGAACACGCUGUCCGACCACUCGAUGUGCACUGUGAUCUUCUCGGUCAUUGUCACACUAAUGGGCAUCGUCAUGUCACUACCAAGGACACUCAACCAUGUAUCGUUCAUGUCGAUGUUCUCUGCCGCAUGCAUGGGGGUUGCGAUCCUCCUCUUUCUGGUCUUCGCUGGGAUUGAGGACCACCCUCUUUACGGAUACAAUGGCAACUACCCAAAGGCCGGACCGGUGAGAACUUACGCUUUUCCGGCUAAAGGCACAACUUGGGUCGCAGCGAUGAACGCCGUGCUCAACAUCACCUUCCUCUGGGUGCCGCAGAUUCUCUUCCCCACAUUCAUCUCCGAAAUGGAAAAACCACAAGAUUUCCCCAAGGCACUCGCUGUUCUUGCUGGUAUCUCGGCUUUCUUGUUCAUCGUCCCUCCGGCUAUCGGUUUCCACUAUCUCGGGCAAUACUCGACUGCUCCUGCGUUUGGAAGUUUGGGAACCACAGUGUACAAGAAGGCCUCAUUCUCUUUCGUCAUUGUGCCAACGCUAGUCAUCGGUGUCAUCUACGCCAAUGUAAGCGCCAAAUUUGUUUACGGUCGCCUUAUGGGUAAAAGCCGCCAUGCCCAUAGCAACACAGUCCUCGGCUGGGGUGUAUGGAUCGCCGUCAUGGCAGUGAUCUGGUUCGUGGGCUUCGUCUUCGCUGAAGUCAUUCCUUCCAUGGGCGACUUUCUCUCACUUCUGGGCGCGGCGUUCGAUUCUUUCUUUGGCUUUAUCUUCUUUGCAGUGGCGUACUGGCAGCUGUACAAGGGCCAACUGUUCAACGGCUUAGCACGAAGUGUGAAGACGGUCACACAUAUUUUUAUCAUGUUGUGCGGUCUGUUCCUGCUUGGUCCUGGUCUGUAUGCUGCAGUGGAGGCCAUCAUCGAUGACUACAGUAGCGGUGUCAAACCAGCGUUUUCGUGUGCCAACGUCGCGAUUUGA